UGUCCUACUUUUUGUGUAAUUAAGCUUAUGGAUUCAAGUCUUGGUAUACUACAGGCUUCAACUCCACAUUGCGGCUUGGAAAUAUUACACACCAUGAAUACAUUCAGGUUGGAAAAGGAAGGGAUGUUGGGUUAAAUCAGAUUGCACUCUUUGAGGGAAAAGUGGCUGGUGGUAAUGGAGAGCAAGUUCUUAGCAGGGACAUUUACAGGCUUGGACAACUUUUUGAUUUCUUCAGAAUGCUUUCUUUCUUCUUCACAACUGUGGGUUAUUAUGUCUGCACCAUGAUGACAGUUCUUACCGUAUAUGUAUUCUUAUAUGGAAGAGCAUACCUGGCAUUUUCUGGUCUUGACGAAGCUGUCUCAGACAAGGCAAAAUUGGCGGGUAACACAGCACUUGAUGCAGCUUUGAAUGCUCAAUUUUUGGUUCAGAUUGGCGUUUUUACUGCAGUACCAAUGAUAAUGGGUUUUAUACUUGAAUUAGGACUGCUGAAGGCUAUUUUCAGUUUCAUCACAAUGCAACUACAGUUGUGUUCUGUCUUCUUCACGUUCUCAUUGGGAACUAGAACUCACUAUUUUGGACGUACAAUUCUCCAUGGAGGUGCAAAAUAUCGAGCUACUGGUAGAGGCUUUGUUGUCCGUCACAUAAAGUUUGCUGAAAAUUACAGACUAUAUUCUAGGAGUCACUUUGUCAAAGCGCUUGAAGUGGCACUGCUUCUUAUAGUUUAUAUAGCAUAUGCGUAUGCAGAGGGAGGUGCUGUUACCUAUGUUUUGGUAACUCUUAGCAGUUGGUUCCUUGUCAUUUCUUGGCUUUUUGCACCUUACAUUUUCAAUCCCUCUGGUUUCGAGUGGCAAAAGACUGUGGAAGAUUUUGAUGAUUGGACAAGUUGGCUUCUUUACAAAGGAGGCGUAGGGGUAAAAGGAGAAAAUAGUUGGGAGUCUUGGUGGGACGAAGAACAGAUGCAUAUCCAAACUUUGAGGGGUCGCAUUUUGGAGACAAUUUUAAGUGCAAGGUUCUUCUUCUUUCAAUAUGGUAUUGUGUAUAAGCUGCAUCUUACUGGAAAAGAUACAUCGCUUGCGAUAUAUGGAUUCUCGUGGGCUGUCUUGGUUGGAAUUGUCUUGAUAUUUAAGAUCUUUACCUAUAGCCCAAAAAAGUCGGCCGAUUUUCAGCUAGUGUUGAGAUUUUCCCAGGGAGUCGUAUCUAUAGGCCUUGUUACAGCGGUGUGUCUUGUUGUUGCCUUUACUAGACUGUCAAUAGCUGACCUUUUCGCAAGCAUCCUUGCAUUUAUCCCUACUGGAUGGGGAAUAUUGUCGGUAGCAAUUGCAUGGAGGAAGAUAGUUUGGAGUCUCGGAUUGUGGGAUUCUGUCCGUGAGUUCGCUAGAAUGUAUGAUGCUGGAAUGGGUAUGAUCAUCUUUGCACCAAUAGCAUUUUUAUCAUGGUUUCCUUUCAUUUCCACUUUCCAAUCUCGCCUUCUGUUCAAUCAAGCCUUCAGUCGUGGUCUUGAAAUCUCUCUCAUCCUUGCUGGAAAUAAAGCCAAUGUUGAGGCUUAGGACUUUCCAUCUUACAUUGUAUACAUGCGGGGCUUGUAUAUUUUAGAUGUAUAUUAUUUUGUAGUUCAGUGUUGAGUUUUUGUACAUUUAGUCUAAAAAAAAUGAAAGAUGGUUUUUAAUGGAUCUCUUA